AUGGAGCAGGUUGUUCCGCGUCAGGAUAAUCAAGCUGAAUUGAAUGACUAUGAGAAUGUUGCUGACAUCAAGAAGCUGUUAGGGGUUGGGAUUUGUACGAUCAAAGGCAUCAUGAUGACUACAAGGAAACGGCUAUGUGAUGUGAAAGGUCUUUCUGAAGCGAAAGUCGACAAAAUCAAGGAAGUGGCAUGCAAAUUAUCAAACAAUGGCUUUAUAACAGCUUUGGAAAUGACAGAACGACGGAAGCUCUGUUAUCGCAUCAGUACAGGAAGCCGAGAGUUAGACAAACUUCUGGGUGGUGGUAUUGAAAGUCAAGCUAUAACCGAAGUUUUCGGCGAAUUUCGUACUGGCAAAACACAGCUCUCGCAUACUUUAUGUGUGAUGAGCCAGAUGCCAAGUGAAGCAAGUAACUUCAAAGGUGGAAAAGUUAUCUACAUCGAUACAGAAAAUACAUUCCGUCCGGAUCGAUUGCGUCAAAUUAACGAACGUUUCAAAAUGGAUGAAGAGGCAAUGUUAGACAAUAUUUUGUACGCACGAGCAUACACUUCUGAUCAUCAGAUGGAAUUGCUGGACUUUGUCGCUGCAAAAUUUCACGAGGAACUGGGUAUUUUUAAACUACUGGUUGUUGAUUCAAUCAUGGCUCUAUUCCGAGUUGAUUACAGUGGUCGAGGUGAACUUGCAGAACGGCAACAAAAACUUGCUCAAAUGUUGUCACGUUUACAGAAAAUAGCAGAAGAGUACAAUGUCGCGGUUUUUAUUACAAAUCAGAUGACUGCAGACCCUGGCGCUGGAAUGACAUUUCAGGCAGAUCCAAAAAAACCAGUUGGUGGGCACAUCCUAGCUCAUGCAUCUACUACUCGCAUUAUGCUUAAGAAGGGACGAGGAGAAACAAGAAUUGCAAAAAUUUACGACUCACCAAACUUACCCGAAAAUGAAGCUACUUUCGCCAUUGCCACAAUUGGUGUUUGUGAUGCAAAGGAGUAA